AUGGAAUUCCGAUCGUCUCACAGCACCGACCAGGAUGUGGAUGCACUGUUGCGGGAAAACAUUGUGCACGAGGCAAGCGUGCAGUUUGAAAAAAAAUUCCAAUUCGAAUCGAUACCAGCCAACACACCACUCCCACCGUUAGAAACGCUCUACCGCAGUCCACCGUACGUGGUGGCGGCUCUUCAAGAUCAGAAACGCCAUUUGAACGAAGUUAAAAAUCGUUUAAACGAUUUCGAAAUUAGUGACUGGCAUCAGCACACCCGUCGACGAUCAUCACUGUUGCCGAUACUGAACGAGCUGCGCUACCGAAUCCGGGCCGAAUUUGUAACGCAAGCCUUCACCAAACUGUACGAAUGUGUAUCGGCCUACGAGCUUAUUAACACCGACCUAAGGGAACUAUACAGUGUGCAUCUGUGCGAAGCGCCGGGAGCAUUUAUUACCGGUUUGAACCACUACAUCCGGCUUAACUGUGCACCGCGCACCCAAUGGAACUGGUUUGCAUGCACGCUUAAUCCUUACUACGAAGGAAACUGCCCCGGGAACAUGAUCCCGGACGAUCGGUUCAUACUGCACACGCUCGAUUCGUGGUGCUUCGGUGCAGACGGUACGGGUGAUAUUAUGGUACGGGAAAAUCGUAACGCUAUCAUACGACGAAGACAACGCUUUCCUACGGUACAUCUCGUCACAGCGGAUGGUUCGAUCGAUUGUUUAAACGUACCGGAAGAGCAGGAGGAACGUGUCGCUAAGCUGCAUCUAGCGGAAGCCGUUCUUGCCCUAAGCUUGCUUAGCCCCGGCCAACACUUUGUGCUUAAAAUGUUUACUCUGUUUGAGCAUUCAAGCAUCAGUUUGCUAUAUCUGCUUAAUCUCUGCUUCGAUGAGCUGCAUGUCUUUAAACCCUGUACUUCAAAGCCGGGAAAUUCGGAAGUUUACAUCGUGGCCAAAUACUAUCGGCAACCGGACGGAAUCGAUCAAUAUUUGGAGCAUAUCUACACCAAUCUUCAGAAUGAUUCGAACGCAAUGUUUGAACGUUCUUCAGUACCGGACACGUUUCUAGAACAAUUGCGCGUCUGCACAACCAGUUUCGUCCGUUGGCAAACUGAUGUGAUCGAAAGCAAUAUUCGAUUCUACCGUACGGCCGAUCCACUCGAAGACCAAAGACUGAGCAUAUUUAAGCAAACCAUUAUGGAGAUGUUUUUCGACCGGUAUCACAUCACGCCUAUACGCAACAACGAACGAAUCGUGCACGGUGUGAAGGUUUCAGAGGGGCCCAAUAUUAAUCAGAAAGAAUCACGUGGAACAUUUAACGAGCGAGUACAGCUAGCAGCCACCAGUGAUGCGAAACUUGCAGAUAGAUUACGCUCGCUCCGGGAUCGUUUAGAUUAUCUAACCCUAACGCGCCAAAUGUUUCAACCGGAAGCAAUGUUAAAUGAUGCUCCGUUGAGGUAUGGCCCCGAAAAUGGGUUUCACCUGCAGCAUGAACUAGCUUUUGUCAUUGGAAAACCAAUCGAACGAGUAAAAAGUUCGAAAUUUGCGCUUAUUACGUGUGUUCGAUUAUUGAACGAUACAAUUGAUUUGUUUCGAACGGUGUGCAAUGGUACCUCAAACGAUCCAAUAACCGUUACCGGCAACACAAUCUCGAUCGCUAUAAAUGCAUACCCUUCGGUAACGAAUGUCGCCCAUCACGAAAAAGAACUUUUCCGUACGAUUGUUCGAACGCUGUUUCAACUCAUACAGCAAAACUGCAUCACCUCACCGUUGGAACAUUCGCCCGGCACUGGAGCUGGUCCGCUAGAGCUCAUUGUGGAAAAUUGGCUUCCACUAACGCAGGUUAGCGUUGGUCUGCUGUAUCUAUUAAAGCUUUACGUAUUUAAGGAUGUGGAAGCGCUCUCCCCGACACGUAUCGCGUUUCGGGAUUUACGCAAAAGUGGCGUUACGAAUCUGGUCGGCAUACACGAUGCGGUGCUUAAGGCGUACACGAAAGCAUCCAAUGUACCCGGUGUUGUUACCAAAUCGUUGCUGGCGAUUGUUCCCAUCACAUCACUGCUGGACGGUAGUUUCCAUUAUGCUAUGCUCAACUACAACAAUGCGCUGUGCUUAAUCUACUGCGCUCGAUUGUUAGAAGAGCUUAAGUUGCGCGUUGUUUGA